AACUGUCUCAAACACACUCUCACAAACAAAACAUCACUAUUCACUUCACAUCACUCUUCUCUCACAAACCCUAAUAUUGCUCCAUCUAUUGCUGCCACACUCACCUUUCUCUCUCUUCCAUCAAAAAGAACCCUUUUUGCCACAUACCCACAUGAUAUUUUUCACUGAUUCAUCUCUUGAUUCUUGUUUUCAGCAUCAUUGAUACCAAGAAGCAAGUAAAGCAUCAUUGUUACCCAUUUGGUAAAGUUUCAAUUUUUUGUUAUUUGAAGAAUACCCAUUUGGUUUUUUGGUAUAGAAUCUUUGUUUAAUUUGUCAUUUGAGGUUUAGGCUUAAGAGGGUUUAGGAAAACAUUGAUUAAUUUUGGAUUGGUGAGAGAAAAUCAAUUAUGGUGAUUGCUGAUAAUGAGGUUGUUGAGGAUCAGAAGGAGAUGAAUGCUCCUAAGUCUCCAUGGAAGAGACCUAGUGUUGAUGGGAAAAGUGUUGAUGUUCCUGUGUUGGUGGUUGGAACUAAGUCUUGGCCAGCUCUUUCGGAUGCUCAAACUCCAAAACCUAAGAAUCAUGUUGAAAAUGUUUCUGCUAAGGGUGAGGAUGUAGCAGUUUCUGUGCCUAGUGUUGGUCAGGUUGCUCCUAGAGCUCCUUCUGUGCAGAAGUCAAACGGUUCUGGAAACUUCAAUCCGAUGAAUAAGAUGCCAACACCGCGCUAUCAAAAGCCAGGCCCCAAGCGCAACAGUAACACAAAUGGUGCGCCUCACUUUCCUGUCGCGACGAUGCCUUAUCAUCAGCAGCCGCCUGUUGCUCCGUAUUUUCAUCCUAUGGCACCUCCGCCUCACAUUGCCAUUCCUGCAUAUGCCUUCCCGCCUGGUUCAGGACCUUAUCCCAAUGGUGAGAAUCCUCUAGUGAAGCCUGUAUCCCCGGCGGCAGCAGGACAAGGUUUUACUUCACCUGCUCAUGCUGUUGAUGCCAAACAUGUUCAGCCUCCGGUGCAAGGAGAUCCGAAUGCAUAUGCUGUUAAUUAUCCAAAUGGAAGGCCAAAUAUCCAAGAACAAGGUGACCAUGUGAAUCAUGGUUGGCAUCAUCAAAGACCUUUUCCUGCCAGGGCAAACAUGCCUAUGCAACAUGGUAUGGGCCCAAGGCCCUUUAUAAGACCUCCGUUUUACGGUCCGCCUCCAGGGUACAUGGUUGGCCCAAGCUUCCCAGGACAUGCACCAAUAUGGUGUGUCCCGAUGCCACCUCCUGGCUCCAUCAGAGGUCCCCCUCCACGGCACUUUGCUCCAUAUCCUCCUGUUAACUCAGCACCUCAAUCACCGACUCCAGAAACUCAAUCCUUGAGGGCUAGCAUUCUCAAACAGAUUGAGUAUUAUUUCAGUGAUGAAAAUCUGCACAAUGAUCGUUAUCUUAUUGGCUUGAUGGAUGACCAAGGAUGGGUUCCUAUAUCUACUGUUGCUGAUUUUAAAAGGGUCAAGAGAAUGAGCACUGACAUACCUUUCAUCGUUGAUGUGCUUCAGAAUUCUGAUAACGUGGAAGUGCAGGAUGACAAGAUAAGGAAACGCAACAACUGGUCAAAAUGGAUUCAAACAUCCUCAGGAAAUUCAGGAUCAUCAGUGGCUCAGGUUCAACAGGACCAACAUGUGGAGAGUACUGCCAAUUCAUGUCAGAACAGUGAUACUGUUGUAGAUAAGACAAAGGAGUCUUCUGAAGCUACUCUUAACGACUCUGCUCAUGAUUCAACUUCGACAGAGCAGAAUCAGUCAAACAAAGAUACCUUUGAAGUUUCCGAUGUGAAUCAGAAACAAGAUACCAACAGUCAUCCAUCUAAAAAUAUAUCACAUGCAGUAAUGAACAAAAAUGCCACAACUCGUAUUAAUUUCUACUGCCGCCCACAAGAAACUAAAACCAAAAUAGUUGAUUACAAUGAGACUGGAAACAUGGAUGUUUCGGCUGAUGAUUUUGGCAAUACAUUUUUGCUUGAUGAAGAGAUUGAGCUUGAGCAGAAGAUGCCAAAGAAGACUGAGCUUUCUUCUACUGGAAGGAUUGAGGAUGAAGAUGAUGAGAUGGCUGUCAUUGAGCAGGAUGUUCAGAGACUUGUAAUUGUUACUCAGAAUGGUGACCCUAAAAAGGAUACCAGUGGUAGCAAAGAAUCGAAACCCAUUUCCAAUGAGCUUGCUUCUGCGAUAAAUGAUGGACUUUAUUUUUAUGAACAGGAACUAAGACAUAAUAGGCGGUCUAACCGUAGAAAGAGCAACUCUGAUAACAGAGAUAGAAGCUUAAAAUCUCAAAGCCCUACUUCAGGAGCAUCAAAUAUAAAGACAGGCGAGAAUGCUGUUGGAAGUCUUGAAGAGCCUGGAAGCAAUAAUCCUAGAAGGAAACAAAAAGGUUUCCACAAUCACAAGCAACAGUCUUCCCUUAAGCAGCGGUUUUUCUCGAACAAUUUUAGAAAUCAUGGAACCGGUCGUAACUCUCAUGGAGUUAUAUCUGAAAGCCCACCUAGUAAUUCAGUUGGUUUUUUCUUUUCUUCCACACCGCCUGAAAAUCAAAGUCUCAUGCUGUCGAAAUUGGGUAGUUCACCCCAUGGAGGUGUUUCUGGAAGUAGUCCACCUGUUGGUUCAAUGCCAAAGUCUUUUCCACCUUUUCAGCAUCCAAGUCACCAGCUUUUAGAAGAAAAUGGUUUCAAACAGCAGAAGUAUCUGAAAUAUCAUAAAAAGUGCUUGAAUGAUCGAAAGAAACUUGGCAUUGGCUGCAGCGAGGAAAUGAAUACAUUAUACCGGUUCUGGUGCUAUUUUCUUCGUGACAUGUUUGUUCCAUCUAUGUAUGAUGAAUUUAAGAAAUUAGCAAUGGAAGAUGCAGCUGCUAAUUAUUAUUAUGGCAUGGAGUGCCUUUUCAGGUUCUACAGUUAUGGUUUGGAGAAGGAAUUCAGAGAUGAUUUGUACAAGGAUUUCGAACAGCUUACGCUGGAUUACUAUCAUAAGGGCAACCUGUAUGGCCUGGAAAAAUAUUGGGCAUUUCACCACUAUCGCAAGAUGCGCAACCAAAAAGAACCGUUGAAGAAACAUCCUGAACUGGAUAGGUUGCUCAACGAAGAAUAUCGAAGUUUGGAGGAUUUCCGUGCAAAAGAAAAGAAUGCGGCGAAAGCUGCGAAAGAUGACACAAAUAAGGUUGAGUGAUAUGCCUAAAAUAGUAAAUACAUGUGGCACACAAGUUUUGAUGGCAUCCACAAUUUUGAAAGGAAAUUCACCCUAACAACAUUGACAUUAUGAGUUUGCGUAGCGGCAUGCUUUUUUGGUUUGAAUGAAUGGGAAAAAAAGGAAAGAUCCUUUUGUUUGUUCUAUAUAGAUUGAGAUUGGUUGGUGAUUACCAGGUCUUUUCAAAGUUUCUUUGAUGGAUCAUUCUAUAUGGUAUACACUUUGAUCCUUUUCUAUGGAUCUUGUUGUAGACUUGGGGAGACACAAUUUUCUUGUCUCCAAAUGUUGUGUACAUAAGAUGAUAGACUUAGAAGUUGUUGUCAACAUUACAAACAUAGGAAGAAGAGGAUCUUUGUCUUUUAAUUUUGAUGGUGGUGAAAAUGAGGGAAAAGGGUUGUACUUUUAUACUAUACCUUUGUCAAAUUUGAACAAUAAGAGUGUUGAUCUUCUUAUUGUAACCUAAAGUGCUCUCAGUCAUUUCAUAUGUAA